AUGGUAAUAGAAAAUGGAACCCAGUACAAUAAUGCUGAAUUCAAAAGUUAUUGUGAAGAUUACUCGAUUGAGCUACGCUUUACCUCAGUUGCCCAUCUUCAAGCUAAUGGACAGGCUGAGGUGGCUACCAGGAUAAUCCUCGACGGAUUAAAAAAGAGAGUUGAAAAAGCCCACGGAUCAUGGGAUGACGAGUUACUCCCUAUACUUUGGGCGUAUCGGACAACUUGCAAAGUUUCCACUGGAGCGACCCCUUUUCAGUUAGAUUACGGAGCCGAGGUAGUAGUGCCACUUGAAAUCACGCACACUUCCUCCAGGGUCCAGCAGUAUAAGCUAGAAGCCAAUGAAGAAGGUAUGAGACUUGCCCUUGAUAUGAUUGAUGAAAUCCGUGAUGAAGCUCAUGCUAAGAUUGUGGAAAACCAGAAGCGAGCUUCUUACUACAACCUACGGGUUAAAGAACGAUACUUUCGAGAAGGAGAUCUGGUACUCAGAAAGAUUGAGGCUUCUGGGGUAGGCCCCAAAGGCAAGAUGACUCCCCAUUGA